AGCUUGUUUACACCUGCGACGAGCAGCGGGUACGCAGAGGACCCGUCAGUGUACUGCUGGACGACACCGCUUACGCCGAGCGACAACCUAACGCUGGGAAAGGGUUACCUUCUCUAAGGUCCAGCAGAGACCUUGUUAAACCCAACGCUGGACGAUGUGUCAUCGGACCAUUUACGACGGCAGAUAUGUUGCAAGACGUCCUGUGAUCUUCCCAAGCCGUCUGUCCUAAGAGGCCAGUCCAUCCUCAGCCAUCCAUCUCUUCUCUCAGACACCAUGGACGAGACAGAUGUGGAACAGGUGACGCUGGCUCUACUGGACGGAGCCAACGACAAAGACGCAGAGGUCCAGGAGCAGGUGAGGAAGUCUGUCCUGACCUUGGGGAAGCAACAGCCGGACAGAGUGUUGGCCAUGUGCCAGGACUAUCUGCUGAAACAUCCCAAGCUGGUGGUGAGUCACCGCGUGGUGAUCCUGCAGACCAUCGAGCUCAUCGCUGCCGACAGGCUGGAGGACAUCGGCUACCCCAGGAUAAAGAGCAUCAUCUCCCUGGCCUCCGACGAGAUGACCCGCUCCAAGGAAGUAACCCCUGACUGGCAGCAGGCAGCUAGUAAUAUCCUGGUUGCCGUGGGCAACAAGUACAUCAAUGACAUCAUGGAGGAGAUCCUGACCAAGUUUCAGCCAGGGAUCUUACCACAUUUCUUUGUGGUUCAGACACUAGCGAACCUCUCAGAUUCUAAUGUGUAUGGGAUGGUGCCCUUUGUCAAUGCCAUCCUUGGAACCAUGUUGCCGAUGCUUAGCAUGGCCAGGCAGGACAACAUGAAGUGGGUCUUCUCUUCAGCCCUGUCUCAUUUUAGCGACAGCAUCCUGGAGUACCUGGCCAACCUAGACAAGGCCCCGGACCCCACGGUCAGGAAGGACACCUUCUCCAGUGAGAUCUACGCCGCCUAUGACAUCCUCUUCAACGGCUGGCUCCAGAGCCGGGACUCCAAGCUCAGGCUGACGGUGGCCGAGGCCGUGGGCCCCAUGAGCCACCUCAUGGCCAGUGACAAACUGGAGGAGCAGAUUCCCCGGCUCCUCCCGGCUCUGCUGUCCAUGUACAAGAAGAACAACGAGCAUUUCAUCAUCAGCAAGAGUCUGUGCCAGGUGAUUGAUGCCUCUGUCAACAUGGGCAGCCGAGUGUUGGAGACACAACUGGAUAGUCUACUGUCUGCCCUGCACCAUCAAGUGUGCAGUCCUGUGGACUACAGUAACCCCCCCACCGUCAAGAACCACAACGAGGUGCUGCGCUGCUUCAGCCUGCUAGCCAACGCUUUCCCAGACAAGCUGGUGCUCUCGGUUCUACAGAAGCUGGAGAAUAACAACGAGAGGAAUAGAAUGGGUUCCCUGGCUGUCCUACGACACCUCAUCAACUCCAGCACUGCCAUGAUGGAAACUAAGAAGCUUCUCAUCCUGGCCAGCAUUAGACAACCAAUGGCCGACCACAGCAAUAAGGUGAAGAGGCGAGUGGUGCAGGUCAUCAGUGCCAUGGCCCACCAUGGCUACCUGGAGCUGGAGGGCGGAGAGCUUCUGGUGCGCUUCAUCGUGCAGCACUGUGCGCUGCCGGACACGUACCAGCGUGGCCCAAAGCCCACUGAUCCAGAAGAGGUGUCUAACGAGGCGUUGAGGAGCAUGUGUGACGAUACCCUCCACCUGCUGACCACCACGGUCAGCCGACUAGCUGACGUGCUGUGGCCCAUGCUGCUGUACUACCUGACCCCGCCUCAGUUCAGCAACGCAACCACCCCUCUGUGUCGGAGUCUGAUCGUACUGGGCAGCAAGAAGCGGAGCAACAAGGAGGCCACCUUCAACAUAGACUUCACACAGCAAGCUAACUUACCAUCGCCGCAGACUCUGAUGAUCAGGCUGUGGGUGAAUGCGGCGUUCCCGUUCGGCAGCCGGGGCCACGGCGCUCCGUCUCUCUCCCUGCUCAACGUCCUCAGCCUCAACAUCCACCCCGACCUGGACGUGCUGUGGGAGAAGGAGAUCCCCCCGCUAGUGGCUCUCCUGGAGGAAUCAACUGUGGAUAGCCUGGAACAGAAACCAUUUGAAGACAAACUGCUCAAGCUGCUGUCUAAAACCCUGGUGACGAUGGACGACAGCAAGUGGGUGUGUCAGCUGGUUGCCGAGGCAACGCGCUACCUCUCCACCUAUAACAAUGCUUUAGAGGAGAAGAGCUUUCUCUACCGCUGUGUCGGAGUGAUGCUGCAGGAGUGCCACAACAAGGAGGUGGUGAGGAAACAGCUGCAGGAGAUCCUCCUGACCGCCCGGCACAGCGACGCCAUCGAGAGAGAGGGCGUGGCCUUGAGCGUGGGCCUGUGUGCCCACAGCCACCUGGAGGGCACGCUGGCCAAGCUGGAGGAGUUUGGCAAGUCGGACGCCUUCAAGAAGUCCCCCAGCAUCUUCAACCUGCUCAAGGACCGUAGUGACCUGGAGGCAGACAAGGUGAAGAGCACCCUGAUCCUGUGCUACGGCCAGGUGGCCCUCAACGCACCGCCGGAGCAGAUCCUCAAGCGCAUCGACCACGACAUCCUGCGCCUCAUCAGCAAGCACUUCAACACCAAGGUUCUUGGGAUUAAAGUAGAGAACAAGGACCUGACCAUGAAGCUCAGUUUGAUCCAGAGUGUUGGACUGAUAGCCAGAGCCAUCAGUGAGUGUGUGAAGAGGCAAGGCUACGUCUUCACCCGCAAACACGACCUUAUUUCUGUCAUGAUGGACUUUAUCAAGGCAGAGCCAGCCGACGCCAUGAAGACGCCAGUACGCCAUCUAGUGAUGUCCACCUGCGCCAACCUCAUACCCCUGGACCCCCCGCUGAGUGAGACCGAGGGCUUUGACCUGCUGAAGGUGUGUGUGGGCAGCGCCUUCGCCCUGCCCCCCGUCACACACACCCCCGAGAAGACCAAGGACGAGGAGGUCAUGGAACCCAAGCAGAGGGAGGCGUUAUACAGGGACACCAUGGCCAGCCUGCAGGAGCUGCUACAGAGUGUCUUGGUGAAAGAGCCCUCACCUGACAACCUGCAGAGUGUCUUCAAGCACAUUGAGUCCUGGCUGAGCUCAGCCCAAGACCACGAGAGAGAGAGAGCUGUCUUCACCACCGCGCACAUACUGGACUUCUACCUUGAGAAACUCACUGUGAAGAACAUGGUGUCCUUCCACAACCUGGGGGCCCUGCUGGGCAGGCUGGCCCCCCGCUGUUCGGACCCCCACCCCGCCGUGCGCCUCGCCGCCAUCAGCGCCGUGCACACGCUGCUCAACAUACAGCUGCGCUACGAAGGCUUUGCCCACGACUACCGGGACGAGUCAGUAGAGAGUCUGCUGCUUAUGAGAUGUGUUCUGGAGAACCCGGACAACGCUGUCCUAUACAAGACCUGCUCUGAGCUCACCAAGGUGAUAAGCAAGCGGCUCCCCCAGCAGCAGCUGUCCACGCUGGUGUUCAUGCUGUUCGAGGGCCUGGUUGACAGCCAGACCAACUGCUGCAGGGCCUCUUCCGUCAUACUCAACACGCUGCUGAAGAACAGGGGGGCCGGCCUACAGGACCUGGUACCAGAGAUGCUGGAGGUGCUCCACCUACGACUGCAGAGCAUCACAGAGGAGCAGGUGAGAGUGGCAGUGGGACAGACCGUUCUGAUCCUGGCCACUCAGCAUCUGCAGGCGGUCUUCAACACCCUGGUCAUCCAGCCGCUUCCUUUCGACAGCUGGAACAGCGAGAUGUGGAUGGCGCUGGGAUCGGACCCCAUCAUCGCCGGGCAGAUCAUGGAGAUGGCCAUGGAGAAGCUGGUUGUCAUGGCGCCCUACAUCGACCGGAAGGAUCCCAUGACGAGAGGAGGCCUCGCCAAGGUGGCCACCGGCCAGCCCUUAGCUAUGACGUGCGGGCUGAAGGAGCUGCUGCUGAACGGCCAGAGCCAGGAGCCGGCCGUGGCCAUGUUCCCGCGGCUCUUCUCCUGCCUGGUGGUGCGCCUGGGGGCCAGCGUGGGCGUGGUGGCCCCCCGCGACAACAACAACUACAGCAAGAACGCCCGCAACCAGUUCCACGUGGCCGGCGCAGCGGUGGAGGCUCUGCGGAUCCUUCUGGCCCGCGCCCUGCUGGACGACGUGGGGAAGCGCCUGGACCUGGACCACGCCUGGGAGGCCAUGAAGGAGCCCAGCACACACACGGCCGGGAUCACGCUGCUGGCCAGGGCGAUGGCCAGGCACGCGGGGCCUCGGUUACCCUCCAUCGUGGAGUGCCUCUGUCCCAGCCUCAACAACAUCUACGAGUGCCAGCGCAUCACCGUCACCGCCUUCUUCUCUGAGCUCCUGAACCACCACGUGGUGACGGAGCUGCUGCUGAUGGACGUGCUGAUGAACAACAUGAUGGAGAGGAUCUCCGACCCCUGCUGCACCGUCCGCAUGCUUGCCGUCCGCGGGCUGGGCAACAUCGCCACAGGCUCGCCCGAAAAGGUUAAUAAAUACGCCAAGGAGCUGUUGGCAGCUAUGAGCUCGGGGAUGGAAGAGAAGGAGGACCCAGGGAAACGGAUCACACUGGAGGCCAUGUCAGGCCUCUCUAAGGUCCUGCUCCACCUGGACAAGAAGAACGUCCAUCUGCUGGUGGUCUACAUCUUCAUGAAGAUCAAGCCUUUCCUGGAGAGCGAGAACGAUGAGAUCCGCUGUGCUUCCAUCCUCCUGCUGGGCAACCUGUCCCAGUUCGGCUCCGGAGAGGCGGUGUUCAAAGACCAGAUCCACAACGUCCUGGUCAGCCUGCUGCUGCAUCUGGUGGACCCCAACCCGCAUGUCGUCAAGGCAUGCAAGAAUGCGAUGCGCACGUGUGCUCCGGUGGUGGGCUCGGAGCAGAUCACGGUGAUGUUCCAGAAUCAUCUGCACGAGGACAAGAGCCUUCACUACGGAGAGUUCAUCAAUGACCUCACCAAGUACCUGAUUCAGGACUUCCCCGGCAUGCUGAACUUCUACCACAUCUCCGUCAUGCAGUUCUUCAAGAGCCACUGGGCUGAGGUGCGGGCGGGCGCGGCCAUGUUCAUAGGGUUUCUGCUGGGAAACCUUACGGAAGACCUUUUCUCACACAUCAACAUGAGCACUGUCACCAAAGGUCUGGUGAUGCUCCUCCAGGACCCGGACGCUGCGGUCAGGAUGAAGGCAGCGGAAGCCAUGGGCCGCUUCCACUGACACACACACACACACACACACACACACACACACACACACACACACACACACACACACACACACACACACACACACACACACACACACACACACUCUGUGUAGCCAUUCCAAGCUUUAGCCUCGUUAGCUUGGUAAGCUAAGACGAGUUAGCCGAUGUGAAGUGAUGACUGGUACUUGAAAGAGACUUCUUAAGUCUUCGCUGAAUGUGACCAAAGACUCGGUAUGGAAGGACCUUCGAUCUAUGUAGCAUGCACUAAGGACCUACCCAACCCGUUCUUACCAUGGAAACACGUGAUAAUGCUCUGCUGCAGUCAUAAACGUGAAAAGAUAAUUACGAUAAUUACGAUAGUUAUUAAGUGUUAACUAACAAUAAUAUAUGAAACGUUAGGCACAGAAAAUACAAUGUGGUCUCAAUGCUUCUGAUUGGUUGUAACUGGUAUUAGCAGAGUGGUGACAUCCGUACAUUUAGUUAAGCCGAUGAAAGACUUCUUCCUUAGGUUGUGGUUGGGAACUUUAAAUCUAAAGCGUGAUAUCUUUGUCCUAUAAAGUUAUCUAAUAAUCGGGCCAUCUCGGUCACGGGAGAAUGACUGCUAGAGUUUCUGUUUUGGUUAAUUAAUCGAGGAAUUUGAUUGAUUUAGAUGUAGCAGGUAUUCUGACCGGUCUCAGAGUAUUUUCUAAUCUAGUUUUGCUCCAAUUGAACUCUGAGACGAAUCUGCAUCUUCCAUAGGUCCUACGAGAUAGUCGAUUUUAAAGGAGUGGAGAUUAUAAUUAUAUGAAUGCAACGCAAUAGUUUGCUGACCAGUAAUAGUGGAUUCUCUUUUGAUGUCUAUGCUGCCACACACACACACACACACACACACACACACACACACACACACACACACACACACACACACACACACACACACACACACACACACACACACACACACACACGCAUAUGCACACAAACACUACAAACAACAUAAGGUCUACUACCUUGUCCAACAUGAGAGAGCAAUAAGCAGUUAGUUUGCAACCCAUGCAGAACCUCUAGUCUCUAUGUAAACCGGCUACUUCAGACUGAACAUUAAUAUAUUCUACUAUACGUCCAAACAGUUCACCUGUUGUAUUCCAUCGCUGCCAAAUCCAACCUUUAUGUCCGAGCCACGUGGCUGCUUGUUAUUUUCCGGAGCCAUCUGCUGAGCUUAAAUGGAACAAUAUUAAUUUCAGAUGUCGGGCAACCCCUUUUUGCAGAUGUAAUGCAUGUCCAUCUGUUCCUAGGAUAAAACAAAAAACGAAAUGUCCUCCUUAUCUAGCCAGAGAAUGCAAGUAUUUAUUUUAAUCAACGUUGGAUUUCUGAGCCAUACUCCAAACGGAUGCCAAAAACCUCUCGAUAGCAUUACCAAAACACUGUGGCGCUCCCGUAGUCGUUUUCCCGUCCUGUUCAUGCCGAGAUUCAUUUCCAGUUUGUUUGUUUUUCUGUGGCGCCACCUGGCAUUAUCGUUCACAUAUAUUUCACAUAAAAAAGUUCCUUCGACACACCUUUCAUGUGAGGGAUAUAAAUAGAAUGUUUGUAGAACAACAAACGUAAAUCAAUCACGAUUGCUCGUCCUGUGCCAAAUGUUCAGUCAACUUUCUGGGUUCCUUCUCUAAGCUUUCUUUUUUUUCCCUUUUGUAUACAUACACAUACGUAUGUGCUGAUGUAGGCCUAUGUCAGAGUUGCACUGUGUGUAAGGAUGUACGAUGUUCUGUUCGUGCAUCCCUUAAAUAAUUGCACUAAAAUAGUGACUGAAACCUGCGUUUCAAUUAGGUAACACAGAAUACCCGAUGGCUUGUAAGGCAAUACUGCAGGUUUUCCUGUCUGAAUCGUGGUUUGUGUUUAUAAGGCUCAUGGCUUCAUGUGCAGUUUGUAUUGUUAUUUCACUACUAAUUAGUGCUUAUCCUUUUGCUGUUCUGACAUGAAUGGGGCACACAUAUAUCAGUAAUAUUUUUUUAAGGCACACCUUGUAAAGAGUUUUUAAUCAUCUCAAUUUAACAUUAACAACGAUACGUUUUUGGUAGAUAAAGCACACCUGUGCAGGUGAAAGUAGAGUAGUGGCCACUGGCAAAUUAGAUAAUUCGCAGGUGUAAUCUUCAAUUGGUAAUUGUGCCCAAUGAGGUCCUUCAUUAUAGAUGGAUUCAUGUCUUUUAAUACUUUUCAAACGUGACAUCAUCUCUCCAUUCACUUUGUGUCCAUUUGUAAAACUCAACUUUAUACCUUAAUUAUUAUGACAAAACUUUGUUUUAGUUUUAACAUUGUCAUUGGCAUACACAGGAUUGAAUUCUAAGACGUUUCAAAGUGUGAAUGUAUACAUGUGUAGCUGUUGUUUUUCUAUGUACAUGAGUGCUGUUGGGAGGAGUGAUGUUGGUAAAUUAAUUGUAAAACAAAUAAAGAAUUAUACGGCA